UUCGGUGCGGCCUCUCGCGAGGACAUAGUCCUCCCUCCUCCCCUAAACUUGCCCGCGAUCGAAAUAACAUAAAUGAUAACGGUAAAACACAUUUAGUACCGGGUGGAAAAUUAUAUGAAGAUGACCCGUAUUAUGACACUCCAGGCGAGCUUGGUACUUCUGUUGGUGGUUUCAGGACUAGCGUAUGGACAAUAUGCGACUGAUGGGAAUGUUGAGGAGCUAGAGUCGCGGGAGAGCGGCCCGGAGCUGGAGUACAUCUACCACGACCACGAGCAGCUGACGCGCUACCUGCGGGCCGUCUCCGCGCGAUACCCCGCCCUCACCGCGCUCUACUCCAUCGGCAAAUCCGUGCAAGGUCGCGACCUCUGGGUUAUGGUAGUAUCGUCGUCGCCGUACGAGCACAUGAUCGGCAAGCCGGACGUCAAGUACGUCGCCAAUAUACACGGCAACGAAGCCGUCGGACGAGAGCUGCUGCUGCACCUCAUACAGUACCUCGUGACAUCAUACGACACGGACCCGUACAUCAAGUGGCUGCUGGACAACACGCGGAUCCACCUGAUGCCGUCCAUGAACCCCGACGGGUUCCUCAUCUCGCGCGAGGGACAGUGCGACACCAUACACGGCAGACACAACGCCCGCCGCUACGACUUAAACCGCAACUUCCCGGACUACUUCAAGGCUAACACGAAACAGUCACAGCCCGAGACCGAGGCGGUGAAGGAGUGGAUCAGCAAGAUACAGUUCGUGCUGUCGGGGUCUCUGCACGGCGGCGCCCUCGUCGCAUCCUACCCCUUCGACAACACGCCCAGCUCUAGAAUAUGUAGAUCUUCCGUUCUAUGUUCGGUGUUCCAAAGCUACGCGCACAGCCCGUCCAUCGCGCCCGACGACGACGUAUUCCGCCACCUGUCGCUGGUGUACUCGCGCAACCACGCCAAGAUGGCGCGCGGGGUGUCCUGCAAGUCCGGCUCGCCGCGCUUCGAGAACGGCAUCACUAAUGGCGCCGCCUGGUAUCCGCUCACAGGUGGCAUGCAGGACUACAACUACCUGUGGCACGGCUGUAUGGAGAUCACGUUGGAGAUAUCCUGCUGCAAGUACCCGCCCGCGCACGAGUUACAGAAGUAUUGGCAAGACAAUCAACAGUCACUAAUAAAAUACAUAGCGGAAGCCCACCGCGGCGCGCACGGGUUCGUGAUGGACGAGCAGGGCAACCCGGUGGAGCGCGCGGCGGUCAGGGUGAAGGGCCGCGACGUCACCUACCACACCACCAAGUACGGCGAGUUCUGGCGCAUACUACUACCCGGGACUUACAGACUUGAGGUGUCAGCUGAGGGCUACCUGCCGCAGGACAUAGAGUUCUUCGUCAUCGACAGUCAUCCGACCCUACUCAACGUGACGCUGCACUCAGCUAAGGGUCACGUGAUCACUACAUCCUCGCCGAAGAAACAGAAAUCUAUGAGAGUGACAACCGUCCGCACCACUACCGAAGACAUAGCAAAGGAGUAAACAACUUAAAGUGAUACGUCCAUAUUAAUAAACCGCUCUUACCGCUAAAAUCGUUUUUGAGAUCAUUAUUGGAAUAUUGUUUAAAUAAAUAAAACGUACUUAUGUGUGGCGUAUUCAAUAAAUGCGAAUCUUUUAAGAAAAUUGUACCUAUAACUAUGCUGAAAAAUAGUUAUAGCCUGUCAAGAAAGUGAAGAAAUUAAAAAGUGUCAA